AUGGACGUGGACGCCGAAAGAGAGAAAAUAGCAAAGGAGAUUGAAGAAUUAGAAAGGAUCUUGGAUCCCAGCUCCUCGAGUAUCAGCGUGGAGGUCUCGGAGUCUGGUCUUGCACUGGAUUCCGAAGCAGACUCGCUGCCUGAAGAGGACUCGGACGCUGCCGGCUCCCUGGCCUCGGAAGAGGAGAGGUGGGGAGAGGCCAGCAAUGGCGAGGACGACCCCAAGAAGACCCUCCCUGAAGACCCAGAGACCUGCCUGCAGUUGAACAUGGUCUACCAGGAGGUCAUCCAGGAGAGGCUGGCAGAGGUCAGCCUCCUGCUGGCCCAGAACCGGGAGCAGCAGGAGGAGAUCAUGUGUGACCUGGCAGGGUCCAAAGGCCCCAAGGUGAAAGACGGCAAGAGUCUGCCCCCGAAUCUGUACAUAGGGCACUUCAUGAAGCCCUACUUCAAGGACAGGGUCACCGGAGUGGGGCCUCCAGCCAACGAAGACACGCGGGAGAAGGCCGCCCAGGGCAUCAAGGCUUUCGAGGAGCUCCUGGUGACUAAGUGGAAAAACUGGGAGAAGGCCUUGCUCAGAAGGUCAGUGGUGAGCGACCGCCUACAGCGCCUGCUUCAGCCCAAGUUACUGAAGCUUGAAUACUUGCACCAGAAACGGAGUAGGGUGACCAGUGAGGCAGAGAGGCAGGUCCUGGAGAAGCAGAGCAGAGAGGCGGAGAAGGAGGUCCAGGACAUCCGGGAGCUCCCAGAGGAGACCUUGCUGGGGAACAGGCUGGAUGGCCACGACUGGGAGAAGAUCUCCAACGUUAACUUCGAGGGCGGCCGCAGCGCAGAGGAGAUCCGGAAGUUCUGGCAGAACUGUGAGCACCCGAGCAUCAACAAGCAGGAGUGGAGCGGGCCGGAGGUCGAGCAGCUCAAGGCCAUCGCAGCCAAGCACGGCCACCUGCAGUGGCAGAAGAUCGCCAAGGAGCUGGGGAGGCAGCCCUCGCCCGUCCUCCAGGAGCUCUGGUGCGAGAAGGCGGUGGUGGCAUUAGCGACUAACUGCCUGGCGGGCCCCUCCCUUGACUGGCUUCGCCGGAACGCGGUCAGUGCCCACACCGCCCUCCGUCCCCCAGUUGUCUACUACAUGGAAGGGAGGAGCUCCAUGCAGCUCAUGGUGGACCAGAGCUUGGACCCCAACCUGAAGAAGGGGCUCCUGGGCCCAGGAGGAGGGCAUCUGGUGAGGCUUUUGCGUGCCAGAAAUGCGAGGGAGCAGGAUUGGUUUAAAAUCCGGGAAGAGGUGCCAGGUAGGAGCGAUGCCCAGUGCCGAGAUCGGUACCUCAGAAGGCUGCACUUCGGCCUGAAGAAGGGGCGAUGGAGCGCAAAAGAGGAGGAGAAGUUGAUGGAACUGAUAGAAAAGUACGGCGUCGGUCACUGGGCAAAGAUAGCUUCGGAGCUACCCCAUCGGACGGGCUCCCAGUGUCUGAGCAAGUGGAAAAUCAUGGUCAGGAUGCCUUCAAGUACCCGGAACGCUACAGUGCACCAGCCACCCUGGGGCUUCCCCAGUGCAGACCCAGGAGGUGUGGGGGCUCCUCCAGCCCCGGGCAUCCGGCAGGGACCUCUGCUGCUGGCCGCUACCCGUCUCCCCACGCCAGCAGCACCGCGCGAAGGCCAUAGCUUCCGGAGCGCGCCAGCCCGAGAGGCUGCGAAGCAGAGCGCCAGCCUCAAAGGGAGCAGGGGGCUGCGGCCCUGCCAUGCCGAGUCCGGCCCGCAGGCGCCCCCACCAGCUCCGUGUGGUCCCCGGCCCAAGCCCAAGACUGUCUCCGAGCUGCUCCGGGAGAAGCGGCUGCGGGAGGCCCGGGCCAGGAAGGCCGCCCCGGGCGCCGCGGUCCUCCCACCCCAGCUGCUGCUCUCCUCCCCGCUGAUUCUCCAGCCCCGUCUCCCGGUGGCCCCCCACGGCCCCUCGGCUUCGGGCCUGGCUGUCACAGCCUCGGGGCUCUCCCGGCCUAGCGCCCCUGCCGCGACAGAGCCGUGCACUUGGGGUUCUCGGGCCUCCGUCGAGGACGGAAGGCCCUCCACCCUGCCAUUCUUGGCCGGCGCCCUGGCCUCCACAGAGGCUGCCCCUGCUGCCUCCGUGGUGCCGGUUCUGGGCCCCAGCCAGGUCCCCGUGAACUGCCGUCGAGGUGGCCCGGGCCAGUCUCCGGCCCCUGCCACCACCCAGAAGCAGGGCUUGCCAGAGGCACCACCCUUUCUCCCUGCAGUCCCCAGCCCCUCUCAGCUGCCCGUCCAGCCCAUCUGCCCGACGCCAGCCGUGGGCACACACGAGCGGGGGCCACGGGUGGUGGCCAGCACCCCUCUGCCUGUCACCUGGGUGCUCACAGCCCAGGGGCUACUCCCCGUGUCCACCGUGGUGGGCCUUCCUGGGCCAGCAGGGACCUCUGACUCCAAGGGACUGUCAGUGGCUCUGUCGUCCUCCCUGCCUGGGACACAGAUAGGCCAGGGUCCCGGGCUCCCCGGGCCGACCCACCCCUGGCAGACCCCCACCAGCCGGGACACAGACUCAGAUCCCCCCUCCAAGACAGACCCACCGGGCCUUCCGAUGCCCCACCAGUCUCAAGGUUCCAUGGAGGUGGACAGAGACGGGGCCCACGGCCCGGCGGGGGGCUCCUUCCCUGGAGAGGCCCAAGUGGCCAGGGACACAGCCGUGUCUGGGGCACCCUCCCAAGCCACGCUCCUGGCUGACCACCCUGAAGCAAAGUCCCCCAGGCCCAGCCAGCCGCCUCUUCGAGGUGGCACCGGCCCUGGGAGUGGCCCAGGAGGGACAGCAGGGUCCGCCUUGAGACCAGAGAGACUCGGGAAGCCUCUGGGCCUGGAGAGGCCACCCCCACCCCGGCCUGGGCCUGAGAGGGGUGCCCUGGACUUGGACCUCGUGUCUCAGGAGGGUGAGGCGGUCGUGCGGGAAUGGCUGAGGGGACGGCGUGGGGUGAGCGUGCCCCCGCUGGGGGGAGGGCUGCCUUACCAGCCCCCCGCCCUGUGCAGCCUGCGGGCCCUGUCUGCACUCUUGCUCCAGAAGGCGGCCUUGGAGCGCAGAGCCGCCUCCCUCGUGCCGGGGGGCGCCGGAGCCCUGCACGCCUCGCUGGGACAGGUACGGAGGUGGCUCCGGGACAGCCCGGCCUACCUGCUGCUCAAGGCGCGGUUCCUGGCGGCCUUCACCCUCCCCGCGCUCCUGGCCACCCUGUCCCCCGAUGGCGUUCCCACCACCCUGUCCGUAGCCACGAGGGCUGACCCCGAGAGCGAGGACGACCUGGGCCUGGAGGAGUCGGAGCUCACUGAUGGCUGCUCCACGACCGGUCCUCGGGCAGGGCCGGCGGCCGCCACCCCCAUUCAGGGAGCCCCAGACCCUGGGGAGAGCUCUGCCUCUUCCUGCCUAGACAGUUCUGACAACCUGGAUGUGCUCAGAACCCGGCACUCCCGGCAUGCCCGGAAGAGGAGGAGGCUGGUGUGA